UUCACCUGAUAACAUUAUGCUCAUGGACAAUAACCGGAAAAGGCAACAGUACAUGUAAUUGUGUUCAUAAUUACGUUCGAGACAAGUCUGUUUAAUGACAUGACUGGUUUGGUAAAGCUUUAUCCUGUGUUGGUCAACGGUUAACACUUGGCAUCUCUCUUUAACCAAUCUUGGAAAUGUUGAAUUGUGUAAAUCGAAAACGAGAUCAAGAAAAAACAAAGUUAAAAUGGCUGAUAAUGACAAAGUCACAGCGUUGGUUAUUGACAAUGGAUCCGGGAUGUGUAAGGCUGGAUUCGCCGGUGACGAUGCCCCCAGGGCUGUGUUCCCACCCAUCGUCGGUCGUCCCAAGCACACGGGAAAUAUGGUUGGUAUGGAGUUCAAGGACACGUAUGUUGGAGAUGAGGCCGAGGUUAAGAGAGGAAUUCUCAAACUUAGACCUCCCAGAGAACAUGGCAUCAUCACCAAUUGGGACGACAUGGAGAAGAUCUGGCACCACACCUUCUACAACGAACUCCGUGUGGCCCCAGAAGAACACCCUGUUCUUCUGACUGAGGCUCCGCUCAACCCAAAGGCAAACAGGGAAAAGAUGACACAAAUCAUGUUCGAAACCUUCAAUUCCCCUUCCAUGUACGUUGCUAUUCAGGCCGUACUGUCUCUGUAUGCUUCCGGUCGUACAACUGGAUUUGUACUCGAUUCCGGAAACGAUGUCACCCACUCAGUGCCUAUUUACGAGGGUCAUUCCUUUCCCCACGCCGUUUUGAAACUUCAUCUCGCUGGACGUCAUCUUACGGAUUAUCUCGGGAAAUUACUUACCGAACGUAGAUAUUCUUUCAUAACAACUGCUGAAAGAAAAAUCGUCCGUGACAUCAAAGAAAAAUUGUGCUACGUCGCCCUUGACUAUGAAAAUGAGAUGUCAUCAUCAGUGACAUCUUCUCUGGAGAAAAGUUAUGAACUUCCAGAUGGCCAGGUUAUCACCAUUGGCAACGAGCGGUUCAGAUGUCCAGAGACUCUUUUUAAGCCAUCCAUGUAUGGAGUGAUGAAUUCCAAUAUCCAUGAACACAUAAACAACAGUAUCAUGAAAUGUGAUGUGGAUAUCCAUGAAGACAUGUACUCUAACAUUGUGUUAUCUGGAGGUUCAACCAUGUUUCCAGGUAUAGCCGAUCGUAUUCAGAAAGAAAUCACAGCACUGGCUCCAAGCUCUAUGAAAGUCAAAAUCAAUGCUCCACCCGAGAGGAAAUACUCCGCCUGGAUUGGAGGAUCCAUCCUGGGUUCUCUCUCCACUUUCGAAGAUAUGUGGAUCAGCAAAGAGGAAUACGAUGAAAAUGGUCCCUGCAUUGUUCACAAGAAGUGCUUCUAAUACCUUUUUUUGUGUGAACAAAAGCAGGACGGACCGGUUAUAGUUUGAGUUAUCGAUUAAAUGGUGCUUUGUAUUUUGGGAACUUCAUUUUUGUCAUACUAUAGUUUCAUUAAUGUUUGUUGCUAUAAAUAGUUAAGGAUUAAGUAUAUUUUACUGUUUCGAGGAUGCAAAAAUUCUUAUACAAUGGAUAUAUCAACAAAACCUGUUAUCAGAUUUACUUCAGUGGAUAUUUGGUUUCGUGGACCGCAUAUACAACAAAAUCCACGAAAAUUGACGUUUAACGAAUAUUAACGAAACCAGUAGUUGUCUCUUAAUUUUUUAAGUAACUGCAUGCAUGUAAUUUACAUGCACAGCAUAAAGUGUAAAUGUAUUUUUACCACUAAAAAAAUCAAUUUAACACGACCGGAAAGAACUACUAGUAAUACCAAUAUUCUGCAUAUAAAUUUUAUCGAGAAAAAAAAUAUCAAUAUGAAAUCGAGUCAUGCACUUAUGUUGGUAUAUAGAUGAAAAAAAAAUAUGUGAUUUGACUAUACAAUCAUCCUGAUAAAGUAUGGGUUCAAUAUUGUUCGAACUUUGAUUACUGGGCCCCUAGGAGGGAUUCAGAGUUUGAUAUUGGAAACAGUUUAGAUUUUAAAAUGUUCAAACCAUUACUCCUAAACUCACUCUGUGACCACUGAAGAGGUUUAAAAAUCAGCAUAAGAAUAAGUAGCGUGUAUAACGUGCAACUAAAGAAUAUUCUUUCAAAUGCAAUGCAAUUUAUAAAACCGUAAAGCAGUUGUUUCUGGACAGAGCAAAGAUUUGGCGAAUUCGAUCUUACGAAGUAUGCCAAUAAUUUUUGCGAAUAUAAUUUUAAUGUAUCUUUUUUUUUUCUUCAACAAGUACUUUCUGUCAGGUAUAGAAAUGAGCAAAACUCAUCAUCACUAUGACAGACAAUACAAAUUUAAAAUCUGAUCCCAACUUACACAGUUUAAAAUUUUCAAAUAAAUAAAAAGUAAAAAUAUGCGCGAAAAUAGUAUAAGUGUAAGUAAUCAUUCUAUAUUGCUGAAACAACAAUCUCUGUAACAAUAAAAGGGGCUUAAUGUUUAACAAAAAAUAUGUGGAGAAU